AUGCCAGGGAAAAAGUGUCACAUUCAUAGGAAGCUGAUUCCCUCCCUCGCUGCAAGAAGAGAACUGCAGUUCCCAGUAAACUGCCUGAAAUGCCUUCUGAAGGAGGGAGAGUAUGCCCAGUGCCUAAGCUCGAACACACCAGAUUUCCUUCUUGACAUUCUUGACUUCCUUACCACCUAUGUUCUAGAACUGGCAGCCAGCGAGGCCUACAGUGAACAUGGAACUUCCAUCACCCCACUGGAUGUGGAGAGGAGAGUGCACAGCAGCCACAAGCUAGGCUGCCUCUUGAAGAAUGUGACCUCCCGCCAAUUCGAUGAGAUGUGCCAAUCCAGGAAGACUGGCUAA